ACAGGCUUGAACAGGAAAAGAGAGCAAGUGGGUGGGGGUCUAACAAGAAAUAAGCGGAAUACAUUUUUGGGGGGGAGAAAGAGGGAGAGUGAGAAGUCAAUGAGAAAAACAUUCCAUGUGAAUGGCAAGGGCGGGAAGCUGGAGGAAAAGCUCAUUCUUUAAGGAGUCUUCCUCUGUGACUGCUUGCUGGACUGCUUCUAUCAUGUUCUCAGACACCAGAGUGCCUGGAGAGCACAGAGGCUUUCAACACAGCAACCCUCAUCUCAACCUCUGGCUUCACAAUGGACUCAGGGCCCACCACAGUGAAAUGGGACUCAAUGGGCAGUGCAGGCGGGCUGACGCCAACCUUACCUAUACCAACAGAGUCAAGAAGGUAGGCUUUACAUCACAAGAGGUGAUGAACAACAUACAUGGGAAGGAAAGGACGGGUCCCCAUUUGAAUGAACUGUGCCUGGAGGCUAGGAGGCUGCGCUUCGGCUUGUGGGAGCAUCGUGUGCAGCCAGAUUUGAGAAGCCAAGAGGGCGGCCCUUCCAGGUGGAGCCAUGGCCAGUCUCCAGCACCAGGCCUGAGACACAGGGCGUCUGUCAGGGACUACUACACAGAACGCUCCUUUGUUGGGAACGCCCGCCAGUCUUUACUACACCCUUCAGUCAGGAAGUACGUGAAGGCCCCCGCCCUCGCUCAGCCAACACAGUUCAAAGGUCAAGACGGCUGUAAAGUGCCUGUUUGUUUGGAGGACCAGCUUUGGGGCUAUUCCAGACAGACUUGUCAGAGAGACCUUCAUACAUCCAGCUGGGUGGAUUCAACUACAGCCACACAGGGCUUACCAAGACACCAGAGUUUCAGUUCCACCUUGAGAUCCAACAAAAAUGUCCGAAACAAUCAGAGAGACUUGACUAGACCAGUAAGCGGACCAGAGACCAAACUACACCAGCAAGACUUGAUAAGACCUGUGGAGGGUUACAAUGGACCCAGCUCUCUGCAUGUCAUCUUCUCCACAGAGGUUCCUCAGAGAGAUAUGGGAGGUCCCACUCUCAGACCCCAGCAGAGUCCCAGUAAGCCAUGUCCUGCCUUAGAAGACAUCCAAACCAGUCCCCCCAGAGGUGACCAGGGCUCCAGGAGUGGGUCAGGCCUGACUGGGUCAAAGAAGCUGCAGAAGGUUGUCCGGGAUCAGAUCCGGAGAGUGGUGGAGAACUUGGAAGAGGUUCUAGGAGGCCUGAAGGACAUCCAUCAGGAGAUGAAGGAGGUGGUGCAGCAGAUUGAGCUGCUGACCUCGUCCAUUGACCUGAGUGAAGAGGCCAGCUCCAGCCUGCCCGGCGACAGCAGCUCCAGUGGAGUGGCGAAGGGCAGCAGCCACCAGAGGCUCAGGGGUGAGGAGGCCAGGCAGGGGGAGGCAGCUCUGUCUUCCCCCAUCAGGACUAACUCACUCCAGCCUCACAACCCUGCCUCCAGCCUGGUCUGCCUCCCCCACCAACCUGCUCCCAGUCCUCAUAGGAGUAGUCCUGUUCGCCCUCCCACCCCUGCUCUUUCCCCCCUCAGUACCAACCCACCUCACCCCAACACCGCUGCUCCCUCAGUCAAGAGUCAGCAUUACCCACACAACCCUGCUUCUUCCCCCAAAAAGAGCAGUCUUCAUUACCCGCUCAACCCUACUCUCUUUCACAACCUUGGGCUUUCCCCCAAAAAAGUAGUCCCCCUCAACCAUCUGCCCUUGGUCUUUCUGUCACCAUUGUGAACCAAGCGGGGCCACCCAUUGUGGAGCCUCUCCCUGUCAGACCACCCAGAGACCCUGAGACCAGGGUGGAGGGGCUGAGGCCAACAUCUGCUAAAUCACUGGGGCUGACCCAGGGCCAGAUGGCCCCUCACGGCCCAGGGAGAGUUCCAGGGACCAGGGGCCGCAAGCCUCCUCCUUACCCGCACAAUGGACACUUUAAUCGGGUGAGUAAAGGAAAGGAUCCCAGGAAGGCUCCCCCAUACACUGUGAAAAGAAGACUGCUCUCGACAACGGUGUGAGGGAGGCCGUCAGAUGGAUGGAGCCACAGCCAGAGUUGCAGGAGUAGAGGGUGAUUUAAGGCUCGCCAUAUUGAGCAGAGACCAAAAUCCCAAGGCGACGGGAGGCAUCUUGGGGUGAGUAUAUGUCAGCAAAGCCAUGCUGCGUUUGUGCUGACACUGUGUCCCCCUUUCUUGGCUCGGAUCUCAUCUUAAUAGGAGGGUAAGAGACGGAAACAGCUGGCGCCACUGCACUUGCAACGACUAGGGCCCGAUGCAGAUGCUCACAUUGCAGGAUAUUGACAGGGCCAAAUAGGAAGUGAGAAGGUCUCUUUGGCGUCACGUGUCUCUUGGCUGACUUGGU